UGCUGCUGUGGAUCCGAGGAGGAAUCUGGGCGCGAGCAGUGGAGAAAGAGAGGCUGAAGGAAGAAUGGGGUCUGCGUGCAGCAGCCUUUGUUGAGAGGCAUUACAAAUGCUUUUUACGGGCGCUUUGCUGCACAGCUCCCACUGCCGCCAUUUCCCUGGGGCGCGCUCCGCACCACGGUUGUUCCGGAGGGCGCCGGUAGGGGGCACUGUGCUGGCGGGCACCGGAAGUUGGGGCGGAAGCGGGCGGCGAUGUCAAUACUGGGUCUGGUAGACUGAAUGAAGUGGGGAAAAAAAUGUUACUAUCGCAGCUGACUUCCCGGCUGCUGAAGGCUUCACGAGUUGCAGGGCACUUUCUGCCGAGGUCGGUGUCUUCCUUUCUUUGCUGUCAUUCUACAUCUGUGAACUAUUGCACGCAGCCACCUAAUAAGAAUGGAGCCCAGCAUCAGCGGUGGCACGUGCUGGAGCCUGAACUGGAAGAGAUGUUGGUCCCCAGAAAGCUUUCCAUCAGCCCCUUAGAAAGCUGGCUGACAGUCACAUACUCCCUUCCUAAAGCAGAGGUCAGUAGUGCUCAGGAAGAAGUGGGCUCUGGGCCUCUCCAGAGAUAUGACUGUCCUCCAUCUGAUGAAGGAGCUGAUGUGGAAGAAGGGGAAGGAACACCAACCAACACGCUGCAGUGUAAGAACGUGUUGAAGAUCCGCAGACGGAAAAUGAAUCGACACAAAUAUAAAAAGCUGCUAAAGAGAAGGAAGUUUGUGAGAAGGAGGAUAAAGGAAGGGCGCAAGAAGAAACGGCAGGUAAAAUUUGAGAAAGAUUUGGAGCGCAUCUGGAAAAGAGCUGGUUUGAAAAAUCCUCCUGCAGGAUGGCAAACACCCAAGAUAUUUCUGAAAAGUUCCAAGCAGUAGAAAUACUUGUAAUGAGUUUUCACAUGUAAUUGUAAUUAAAAGAAAUAUUUAAGUAUGCA